AUGGCCGUGAAUAGUCUAGAUCUUAUUUCACUCACUACUGGCAAGCUUUCUGCUGACGCGGUCUCUGAAUCUGUAACGUGUGCUUCUUGUGGUGCUAUAUCUCUGUUUAUUGGAACUACAAGAGAUAAUUUUGAGGGGAAGAAAGUCAUACGGCUGGAAUAUGAAGCGUACGUUCCAAUGGCAGAAUUGGAACUCAAGAAAAUCUGCAGUGACAUCAGAACAAAAUGGCCGAGUGUCAGGCACAUUAAUAUACAACACAGAUUGGGUGUGGUUCCAGUAACAGAAGCAAGUGUUAUCAUUGGGAUCUCAUCACCACACAGAAGUGAAUCACUGGAGGCGGUGAAGUUUUGCAUCGACAUACUCAAAGCUACCGUGCCAAUCUGGAAAAAGGAAAUAUACGAGUCCGGAGAGCCUUGUUGGAAAGAGAACAAGGAGUGUUUGUGGGCAGAUGGUGGAAAAGAUCCUAACGGCUAACUAGCAAAUGAGCUACAGUUCAUCUCAUUAACAUCAAGAAGUUUUUAUUGAAAAAAUACACAGCCUGAAAAAAGUUUUGUAACAUUUUUCAAUAAAAAAACAAAACUUUUUGAUAAAAAUAA